CACUUCAAUACGGGGACGAUAUCCUCGAAGCAACGGACCUCACUCGAGACAUCAACACGCCCCGCCUCAAGCUUGAGAAGCCACUCCUUCGAAAUACACCUUCACGGCGACUCCUAAAGACUUACUUACAUACAUGUGUACCGGCCAAGAUGGCCCGCGUUUAGAGAGAAGAAGAGCAGAGCAAGAUGUCGCAGCCAGCCCAUGAUGCACUAGCCCGCAUCGUGAACGACUUGCGCUCACGAAACAGCGAUGAGACUAGAAAGCGUGCGGCGGCGGAGUUGAGAGAGUUGGUAGCUGUGACAUACAGAGACCUUCCUAAUGAGCGGUUCACAGAAUUUUACAGCGUGGUUAAUAGCAGGGUCAACCAACUCAUCACUCACGCGAGCGACCCAGCAGACAAGAUAGGAGGAAUCCAUGCGCUAGAUGCGCUGAUCGACUUUGACGGCACAGACAAUGGCACAAAGACUACGCGAUUUACGCAGUCCCUACGGACGGUGUUGAGAGGCAAGGACUUGGUUCCCAUGCAACCUGCCGCGGCAGCUCUAGGAAAGAUAUGCAGACCUGGAGGAGCGCUGAUCUCAGAACUGGUGGAAAGUGAAGUGAAGACCGCACUCGAAUGGCUACAGUCUGAUCGUGUGGAGGAACGACGAUACAGUGCUGUACUUGUCCUGCGCGAAUUGGCUCGAAAUGCCCCGACGUUGAUGUAUGCGUUUGUGGGGCUCAUCUUCGAUCAGAUAUGGGUCGGCUUAAGGGAUAUCAGACUCCUAAUUAGACAGACAGCGUCAGAGGCUAUCAGUGCCUGCUUUCAGAUCAUCAGAGAAAGAGAUCAGGCUAUACGACAGACAUGGCAAGCGAAGAUCUACGACGAGGCUGUUCAGGGCGUCCGACAAGGCUCGCUAGAAUAUAUCCAUGGCUCUUUGCUGGUCAUCAAAGACCUGCUUCAACAAGGAGGAAUGUUUAUGCAUGAGCACUACCAAGAGGCAUGCGAGAUUGUUUUCCGACAAAAAGAUCACCGCGACGUGCAGGUUCGGAAGACGGUUGUGCUCUUGAUCCCUGAGUUGGCAAACUACUCUCCAACCGAGUUUGCUCAGAGUUACUUACACAAGUUUAUGGUGUUCUUGUCUGGUAUGUUGAAGAAGGAUAAAGAUCGGAAUGACGCAUUCUUGGCGAUUGGGAAUAUUGCCAAUGCGGUCAAGAGCGCUAUUGCACCUUACUUAGAUGGUGUUUUGAUAUAUGUCCGUGAGGGAUUGAGUCUGAAAUCGAGACGAAGUGGCACAGUUGAUCCUGUAUUUGACUGUAUUAGCCGACUCGCAGUAGCAGUUGGCCAGACUUUGAGCAAGUAUAUGGAGGCACUCCUGGACCCCAUAUUUGCUUGCGAGCUUACACCUAAACUUACCCAAGCCUUGGUUGACAUGGCAUUCUACAUUCCUCCCGUCAAAUCCACCAUUCAGGAGCGAUUACUGGAUAUGUUGAGCAAAGUCCUCUGUGGCGAACCCUUCAAGCCUCUUGGAGCACCCACACCAAAUAGAAUCGCUGCCGCGCCAACAGUGCCCAAAGACUCGAAGGAUCCGCUUGCAUUCGAGCACCGCCAAACCGAAAUCAAGCUCGCCUUGAACACCCUGGGAAGUUUCGACUUUUCUGGCCAUGUUCUGAAUGAGUUCGUUCGGGAUGUUGCGAUCAAAUACGUCGAAGAUGACAAUGCUGAGAUCAGAGAAGCAGCGGCGUUAACCUGCUGCCAACUAUACGUUCGAGAUCCGAUCGUCAACCAAACAAGCUACCAUGCCAUCCAGGUCGUGAGCGAGGUCAUCGAGAAGCUUCUCACUGUAGGAGUGGCUGAUCCUGAUCCCAACAUUCGCCGAACUGUCCUUGCGGCUUUGGACGAGCGGUUCGACAGACAUUUGGCAAAGGCAGAGAAUAUCCGCACACUGUUUUUUGCACUGAACGAUGAGGUUUUCAGCAUUAGAGAAGUGGCAAUUGCGAUCAUUGGUCGCUUGACACAUGUCAAUCCCGCCUACGUUAUUCCUUCUCUCCGAAAGGUGCUCAUUCAGAUGCUCACUGAGCUUGAGUUUUCAGACGUUGCAAGAAACAAGGAGGAGAGCGCGAAGCUACUGAGUCUUCUUGUUCAGAACUCGCAACGCUUGAUUAAGCCAUACGUCGAUCCCAUGAUCACCGUUUUGCUUCCUAAAGCUUCGGACCCCAAUCCAGCUGUUGCAGGCACGAUUCUUAAGGCCAUUGGUGACCUCGCAACCGUUGGUGGAGAGGACAUGAUUCCAUACCUUGGCCAACUCAUGCCGAUUAUCAUUGAUGCGCUACAAGACCAGAGCUCUGUCAUCAAGCGAGAAUCUGCUCUGAGGACUUUGGGACAGCUGGCAAGCAACUCUGGUUAUGUUAUCAAGCCAUAUAUGGAUUAUCCACCACUUCUCGAGAUUCUCCAGACUAUCAUCAGAUCCGAGCCUCAUCGAGGUCCUCUUCGCCAAGAAACUAUUAAGCUGAUGGGUAUUCUCGGAGCUUUAGAUCCAUAUAAAAAUCAGCAGGUCGAAGAGAAAUCGCCGGAAACUCAAUUGCGCCUGGAAUCGACUCAGAUGACUGAUAUCUCACUCAUGAUGACCGGACUAACACCAUCGAAUAAGGAAUACUUUCCGACGGUCGUGAUCAAUGCUUUACUGCAGAUUCUUAAGGAUCAGUCUCUUUCGCAGCACCACGCAUUGGUGGUUGAAGCCAUCAUGAACAUAUUCCGCACAUUGCAACUGGAGUGUGUUACCUUCCUCGAUAAAGUCAUCCCGGCUUUCAUUGGCGUUAUUAGAAGCGCCUCGCCAUCUCGCCUGGAGUCGUACUUCAGUCAGUUGAGCAUUCUGGUCACAAUUGUUCGACAGCACAUUCGAAACUUCUUGCCCGAGAUCGUCGCUCUACUACAGGAGUUCUGGGAGAAGAGCCCAACCCUCCAAGCCAACAUACUCCAACUCGUGGAAGCGAUCUCACGCUCGUUAGAAGGAGAGUUCAAGAUCUAUCUUGCUGGCAUUCUGCCGCUCAUGCUUGGUAUCCUGCAAAAAGACACGUCCACACGCCGUCUCCCUUCUGAGCGAGUCUUGCACGCAUUCCUCGUGUUUGGACCCAGUUCUGAGGAGUAUAUGCAUUUGAUAGUUCCUGUCGUUGUUGGUGUGUUUGAAAAGGCUCAACAGCCUGCUUUCAUCCGCAAAUCAGCGAUCGAGACGAUCGGCAAGAUUUCUAGACAGGUCAAUCUCAACGACUUUGCUUCGAAAAUCAUCCAUCCUCUUGCGAGAGUACUCAACGGCAACGAUAUCACUCUGAGAUUAGCUGCCUUAGACACACUGUGUGCCUUGAUCUUCCAGCUCGGCAAAGACUAUCUCCAUUUUGUUGGAACCAUUAACAAAGUGCUCGCCGCAAACCAAAUAUCACAUCAGAACUAUGAACUUCUGGUCAGUAAGCUUCAGAAGGGAGAAGUCUUGCCCCAAGAUCUCAACGCGGAUGAUCGAUUCCGUAGUUCGGUCGAUGAGACAUCUUCGUCGGAAGUACAGAAUAAGAAACUCGACUCGAAUGCUUCCCAUCUGAAGGCUGCCUGGGACGCGACCGGCAAGUCAACCAAGGAGGAUUGGCACGAGUGGAUGCGUAGAUUCAGUGUUACAGUCUUGACAGAAUCUCCAAAUCAAGCUCUUCGAGCCUGUGCUGCUCUAGCGGCCAUCUACCCACCCUUGGCUCGAGAACUGUUCAACUCGGCAUUUGUGUCUUGCUGGGGCGAUCUGUUUGAACCGUAUCAGGAUGAUCUAAUCCAGAACAUCGAGACGGCCAUUCGCUCGCCUCAUGUUACACCUGAUCUACUCGGUAUCCUACUCAACCUUGCCGAGUUCAUGGAGCACGAUGAUAAGGCUCUCCCUAUCGAUAUUCGGGUGCUCGGUCGCGAGGCUGGCAGAUGUCAUGCUUGGGCAAAGGCACUACAUUACAAGGAGCUCGAAUUCCUUCAAGACCAGUCCAGUGGCGCUGUAGAAGCGCUCAUCCAGAUCAACAACCAGCUGCAACAAUACGACGCUGCUAUUGGUAUUCUGCGAAAGGCUCAGCUGUACAAGGAUGGCAUCCAGUUACGAGAGACUUGGUUCGAGAAGCUUGAGCGAUGGGAGGAGGCACUUGAGUUCUAUCAGAAGCGUGAGCAAGAAUUCCCUGAACAGGCCGACAGCUUCGAUGUCAUCAUGGGAAAGAUGAGAUGUUUGCACGCUCUGGGCGAAUGGGACUCGCUCUCAGCACUUGCACAAGAUAAGUGGCACACAUCUGGUCUGGAAAUCCGCCGAGCCGUUGCUCCUCUCGCUACUGCAGCUGCAUGGGGUCUAGGACAGUGGGAUCUGAUGGACGACUAUUUGAGCGUCAUGAAAGCCAACACACCAGAUCGCUCAUUCUUUGGGGCCAUUCUUGCUCUUCACCGCAACCAGUUCCGAGAGACUGCCAUGUACGUGCAAAAGGCCAGAGAGGGUCUCGAUACCGAGUUGAGUGCCUUGGUGAGCGAGUCCUACAACCGAGCCUACACUGUCGUUGUUCGUGUGCAGAUGUUAGCAGAGUUGGAGGAACUUGUCGUCUAUAAACAGAGCACUGGCAAUCCGGCGAAACAAGAGGUCAUGCGACAGACUUGGGAGAAGCGUCUUCUUGGUUGUCAAAGAAAUGUCGAAGUCUGGCAGAGAAUGUUAAAGUUGCGUGCUUUGGUCAUCUCCCCAACCGAAAAUAUGCCGAUGAUGAUCAAAUUCUCUAAUCUUUGCAGAAAGUCGGGUCGGAUGGGUCUUGCAGAGAAGCAUCUGCAGAUGCUACUUGGUAGCGACGAGAGUUUGGACAAUCUGCUUCCUUACACCCCUCAGAAUGGGCAGAAUGGCGAUCUAGUCCGCAAUGGUGAUCGACCAUUGAGGGUGGUACCACCUCCUGUGCAAUAUGCUGUUCUCAAAUACCACUGGGCUGCUGGCAAGCAAGAUGCCGCUCUGGAUGCUCUCAAGAGCUUUACCGCAGAUCUUGCGGAGAGACUCCAGAUGGUUGAAGCCGCUGCACAGGGUGUGAACGGCAUCGACAUAAACAGCCUGAGUUUGAACGGCGGAGCGCCACUCCAAGCCAAUAACAGCUAUAUGACCAAUGGCAUGAGUCCACCACAGCCUCACAACCCAGCUCUAAUAUCCAAGCAUAUUGCAGAUCACACAAAGUUACUUGCUCGAUGCUGCCUUAAGCAGGGCGAGUGGCAGGUUGCACAAAAGAAAGGCGACUGGAAACAUGACCGUGUUCAUGAUAUUUUGACUUCCUAUCGCGCCGCUACUCACUACAAUCCAACUUGGUACAAGGCGUGGCAUGCUUGGGCUUUGGCGAACUUCGAGAUUGUCCAGGGUCUAGGUCACCGAACUGACAGAGACCGCGAUAUGGUUGUACCUCCCGAUGUGCUCGUUAACUACGUGGUACCUGCUGUCCGUGGCUUCUUCAAGUCUAUCGCAUUGUCUAAGGGAAGCUCACUGCAAGACACUCUUCGCCUUCUUACCUUAUGGUUUGCCCAUGGUGGAAGUCCAGAAGUCAACGCGGCUGUGACUGAAGGAUUUGCUUCUGUCAGUGUUGAUACCUGGUUGGAGGUCAUUCCUCAGCUCAUUGCCAGAAUCAAUCAACCAAACCAGCGUGUUCGACAAUCGAUCCACAACUUGCUCGCUGAUGUCGGUAGGGCUCAUCCACAGGCUCUCGUCUAUCCUUUGACUGUAGCAAUGAAGUCUGCGCCAAACACCCGAAGGUCCAGAUCAGCUAUGCAGAUUAUGGACAGUAUGCGUCAACACAGUGCCAGACUUGUUGAGCAAGCAGAUCUCGUCAGUCAUGAGCUCAUUCGUGUUGCGGUUCUGUGGCACGAGCUUUGGCACGAAGGUCUUGAGGAGGCUUCCCGCCUCUACUUCGGUGAUCGCAAUAUCGAAGGGAUGUUUGCUACUUUGGCGCCUCUGCAUGACAUGCUCGACCAAGGACCAGAGACUCUUCGUGAGAUCUCCUUUGCUCAGACAUUCGGUCGUGAUCUGCAAGAAGCACGCGAAUGGUGCUUUACAUACAGACAAUCUGGGGAUGUUGGCGAUAUUAACCAAGCUUGGGAUCUCUACUACCAAGUAUUCCGAAGAAUUGCCCGUCAAUUACCGCAACUUAACAACUUGGAGCUUGCCUAUGUCUCACCGAAGCUCUUAAGCGCUAGGGAUCUCGACUUGGCUGUGCCCGGAACGUACGUGAGUGGCAGACCCAUCACUCGUAUCAUCCAGUUCGACACCACCUUCACAGUCAUUUCGUCCAAGCAACGCCCUCGAAAGCUCAGUCUUCAAGGUAGCGAUGGUGUCGCAUAUGCUUUCGUUCUCAAGGGUCACGAGGAUAUUCGUCAAGAUGAACGCGUCAUGCAACUGUUUGGUCUCUGCAAUACCCUGAUGGUCAACGACACCGAGUCGUACAAGCGACAUCUGAACAUUCAACGAUACCCUGCUAUUCCUUUGUCGCAGAACUCUGGUCUUCUUGGCUGGGUGCCAAACAGUGAUACUCUACAUGUCCUCAUCCGCGAGUACAGAGAGUCUCGUAAGAUUCUUCUCAAUAUUGAGCACCGCAUUAUGCUUCAAAUGGCUCCCGAUUACGACAACCUCACUCUCAUGCAGAAGGUUGAGGUCUUUGGCUAUGCUCUUGACAAUACCACUGGUCAAGAUCUCUACAGAGUUCUCUGGCUGAAGAGCAAGAGUUCCGAAUCAUGGCUAGAGCGUCGUACAAACUACACUCGAUCCCUUGGAGUCAUGUCGAUGGUUGGAUAUAUCCUCGGUCUUGGUGAUAGACAUCCUUCCAACUUGAUGCUUGACAAAAUCACUGGCAAGAUCAUUCACAUCGAUUUCGGGGACUGUUUCGAGGUUGCUAUGCACCGCGAGAAGUAUCCUGAACGAGUGCCAUUCCGUCUGACGAGAAUGUUGACAUAUGCCAUGGAAGUCAGCAAUAUCGAAGGUAGUUUCAGAAUCACCUGCGAGAACGUUAUGAGAGUUUUGCGUGACAAUAAGGAGUCACUGAUGGCGGUUCUCGAAGCUUUCAUUCACGACCCACUUCUAAACUGGCGUCUUACCGGCGAUACAUCUCCAGCAGGACCUAAUUUCCCGUCUCAGCGUCGCGACUCGCUGAUGGCAGCAAACAACCGUCGACCAUCAAUGAUGGAAGCUGACAUGCCUCCCUCAGCACUGAUGGCUCAGGAUCCAACCGCAGCCCCUGGCGGUCCACCAGCACCUCGACCUCGAGCACGUACAAACUCGACAUCUCAAGGACCGGCUGGCAUGGAUGGCGUUGACGUGCAAGAGACGCAGAACGAGCGUGCCAUGCAGGUCUUGAACAGAGUGAAGGAGAAGCUCACUGGUCAUGAUUUCAAGCCCGACGAGGAGUUGACGUAUAUCCUGCAGGUAGACAAGCUGCUCAUUGAGGCUACGAAAUUGGAGAAUCUGUGCCAGCAUUACAUCGGAUGGUGUAGUUUCUGGUAGUGAGUAGGAGAAGUAUGGCAUAGAAGUGCAUAGAGGCACUUGGUUUGGUGAUACAUUUCCAUAAGGGUUUCUUGGAGUUGGCGUUUAGAAAUGAGCGAGCGAGCCUGUGAGGGAUCUCUUCCUUGCUUGCAUGAGGGUUGAUAUGGUUGGCGUCCGAAGUUUCCUUGCCUUUUUGAAAAUGCCCUUUUGCGUGCAUACACGGUGACUGGAUGGAUGGGUGGGUCGGGCAUGGAUGAGCAUGGGUGUGUUGUUUGUAAUACUUUUUGUAUAUGUAUGAAUGGGGCGCCGGCGUGCAGUUUACAUGGUUUAUGAACCGG